UUCUGCAUGACGUAAACAGUCAUGGACAACUUAGAAAAGAAAGAUGAAAAACGCAUCCGUGAUAGUGUGUAUGACCACUCAACAGCUGUGCUUGUGAAGCCAAGAAGUGGCAAAAAGAAGAGGAAACUCAUGCAAUAUACUUUUAAACGGCUGCAUUGUGAUAAAAGAGAUACAAAGAAAAAUGCAAAAUCUUCUCAACAGUCCUUACUAAAAGCUAGUUUAAAAGAAAAUGACCAAAAGACGAAGGAUGCUCAGUUAUUCAUUUACCUUCCAUUACCAUACAGAGUUCUUUGUAUACAAAAUAUCAAUUUACAUCAUCCAGUAAAUACAAUCGUGGUAAAGAUUGCUGAUUUACUUAUGAUUGAUGACAGAUUGGUAAACCUCUAUGCAAGGAACAGAUUCAAACUAGAGAGGUUGUUGAGUUUUGUUGAUCAGAAUGUUGUAGACGAAGAAAACAUUAUCGUAAAACUCACAGAAGGUCUUUAUGGAGGAGCAGACUGCCCCGAGGAAGAGACUGAUAGUCACCUUGUUCGGGCUAAAGAAGAGAAACAGCAUAGGAAUUCUAACGAACUACAACUUCUGUCCAAGACAAUUGAAGCAGGGUUAUCAAAUGUGGACCUCCACUCUCUGUCUUUAAAAAUCGAUAAUGACGGGUAUGAUCUUGGUUUGGAACUUGGCAUCGAUGAGGAAAUAUUAAAGGAUAUUUCUGUGGGAACUACAAUUCCAUGUGAGCAAUGUUAUCGUAUUCUUGAGUACUGGAGGAAUUUUUGCCAGAGAGAAGUUACCCAGCAAGAAGUAGGCGUACUUCUGAAGGCAUUAGAAAGAACGGAUUGCAAAACAGAAGCAACUGAAUUUCUAA